AUGAUUAUCCACUGUUUUUUGAUCUCAUUGGUGUUGUUGCAAACGUCAGCUCAGGUAUUAGACCUGAUACCAGGAAAGGUGCAUGGAUUCGACUAUCGUAUGAAAAAUGACGACCUAGCUGAGGUGUUUCUAAAAAUUCCUUAUGCGGCUCCGCCUGUAGGGGAGCUGAGAUUUGAGAAACCCAGGCCAGUCAUUCCAUGGAGAGACAUGGUCCGUGACGGCACAUCAUUUGGUCCUGGUUGUCACCAAAUACUACCAGAUGUUGGCUUCAAAAAAGUUCCGACUAGUGAAGAUUGUCUUACUCUGAACAUCAUUCGGCCGAAAAAGGAGCCUCCUCCAACUGGUUUUCCUGUCAUGUUCUGGAUUCACGGUGGUGGAUAUCAGUUCGGUUCUGCGCAUGACUACGGGUACAAAGGCUUUGCUGACAUUUAUAUACCAAACUACAUUAUUGUUGUAACCAUACAGUAUCGAUUAGGAGUAUACGGUUUCUUUUCUUCUGGUGACGAGCGCAUAUCAGGAAAUCUCGGGUUGUUUGAUAUGGCAGAAGCACUCAAGUUUGUGCAUUCGAAUGCCAAAUAUAUUGGCGCAGAUCCGUCCCGGAUAACUGUUUGGGGACACAGUGCGGGUAGCUCAGCUGCUGGUCAGCUCAUUCUUAGUCCGGUAACCAGAGAUUAUCUUCCACGUUCAAUCGAAAUGUCAGGAUCUCCAUGGACAUCAUGGGCGCUGGGAGGAAAUGUAGUCAACAACUCAUUACAGCUAGCAGAGAAAUUGGUAGAACAGGUAUACUCCGGCAAUCACCUUCAGCAAAUUAUGGAUGAAAUAAUUGCCUAUUAUGUUGACAGAAAAGAAGAGAAAAGUUAUGAUUUCUACAUCGAUCGCUACACUGAGUUCAUCAGCGAUUUGCUCUUCAAUGUCCCAGCUGUGGAGGGAAUCUUGGCUCGUCUAGAAGCAGGUUGGGAUCUGUAUGUCUACUUGCUGGACCAUUAUAACGAUGCCAUUUGGGACAGGAAUGUCACAAAGAAAAUGAGAGGAGCCCCACAUGCCAGCGAAACACCCUAUACGAACGAUGUGUUUUUUCAAAAACACUUCGAAUUUGACGACAAGGAACGAGUUGUUGCAGAAAUUUUCCGACAAUCGUUUACCGAAUUUGUGAAAACUGGUGCUCCAUCGAACCGUCACGAGGCAUGGACAGAAGUAGGUCCAGGACCAGAAAUCCGUUACCUGAAAAUAGCUCCAAAUCCGCAGCUCAAACAGGGCUUUUACAAUGAAACCACCACUUUCUGGCGCAAAAUUCGACGUUACGGAUUUGACAUGGUGCAAUUGUUGCCGAUAAAGAAGCCGUUGGCAGAAACAAGAGAAGAACUCUGA